AUGUCUCAUGUUGUAAUUUCACCUAUAGAUAAUAAGCCUUUUACUACAAUUAACUUAGCCACAGGUGAACAAGUCACUGAAACAAUAGAACGUUCAAAGAAAGCUUUUUUAUUAUGGAAAAAAGUUCCCAUCGAAGAGCGCAUAAGAAUUGUUUCAAAGUUUAUAAAAGCAUUUGUUGAUAAGAAAGAUGAGAUCGCAGAAGAAUUAACCAGGCAAAUGGGAAGACCCAUUAGAUAUACUGGUGGUGAAAUUGAUGGUACGGCUGAGAGAGCGCGAUAUAUGAUGUCUAUCGCGGAAGAUAGUCUAAAAGAUGUUGAAAUUGAAGAUUCAAAUAAACCGGGAUUUAGAAGAUUUAUUCGAAAAGAACCAUUAGCAUGGAACUAUCCAUAUUUAAUUUCUGUUAACGGUGUAGUUCCUGCCAUCCUUGCAGGAAACACUGUAAUUCUGAAACAAUCUUCUCAAACACCCUUAUGCGCUCAAAGGUUCGCAGAUGCUUUUAAGGAAGCUGGGUUAAUUGAAAAUGUUUUUCAGAUUUUGCAUGCUUCUCAUAGUGAAAUUGAGAAAGCUAUCAAACAUCCAGAUAUCGCUUAUGUAAAUUUUACUGGAUCCGUUGGAGGUGGUAGAGAAAUCCAGAAAGCUGCUAGUUCUAAAUUUAUAGCUACGGGACUUGAAUUGGGAGGUAAAGAUCCUGCCUAUAUUCGAUAUGAUGCCGACUUAGAUUAUACAGUGGAACAGCUUGUAGAUGGAUCUUUCUUUAAUAGUGGUCAAUGUUGUUGUGCCAUUGAGAGAAUUUAUGUGCAUGAACAAGUUCAUGAUCAAUUUGUUGAUAAAUUUGUUGAAUUAACUAAGCAAUAUAAAUUAGGUUUUCCAUUAAAACAUGAAACCACACUUGGUCCAAUGGUUCGCACAAAAGCAGCAGAAUUUGUGCGUGAUCAAAUUGAGAAUGCAGUCAAACAAGGCGCAAAACCUUUGAUUGAUGUAUCAUUAUUUCCAGAAGAUAAAAAAAAUACUCCUUAUAUGGCACCUCAAGUUCUUGUUAAUGUUAACCAUUCAAUGAGAGUAAUGACUGAAGAAAGUUUUGGACCAGUAAUUGGUAUAAUGAAAGUAUCUUCAGAUGAAGAAGCUAUUCAGUUAAUGAAUGAUUCAGAAUUUGGAUUGACUGCAAGUAUUUGGACAAAAGAUGAAGAUGCUGCAGUAAAAAUUGGAAAUGAAAUUGAUACUGGAACUUGGUUUAUGAAUAGAUGUGAUUAUUUGGAUCCAGCAUUAGCUUGGGUUGGAGUAAAGAAUUCUGGUAGAGGAUGUACUUUGUCAAAAUUUGGAUUUGAUUAUCUCACAAGGUAA